AUGAUGAAGCAGAAAAUAUGUUUCUCUCUCUUUCAUCUUGUUGAAACUGCUUUCUUUCUCUUUUUUUGCGUUCCAAAACUACCAUCAAAAAUUAUCCAUCCAUUCAACUGGAGACCAAUUCUCCUCAUUUAUUUUUUUUUUAAAAAAUCUUUUUGUCCAUAUCUAUCUUUUUCAUUUGCCAAAUGUCCAGCCAAGCCUACAGGCCUGGCGAAGACACUUUUUCGUUUCACUAUUCUUUUCCGUUUUCUUCUUUCUGUUCUUAUCACUCUCUUUAUUAUUUUUAUCUAUCUAUCUGUUGUGACAUCUACAUCUUCUUUCUUUUUCUUUUCCUCAUACCACCACCUUCUCCUUUCACUCUUCUUUCACUCUCUUUCUCUCUAUACAUGCAUCAACAUGCUUGUCACAUUCGCACACAAUCUACAUACCUGUCAUAUGUUCCUGCCAUGUGAUACUACUCAAUGGAGAAAAACUUUUCUUGGCCUGUCCUUGUUAAAAGCACAAACAACUCAUGGUCCAUUUACCAUCAUGUUGAAAAUUAUAAUGAACACCAAAAAAUGGCUAGGAUUAAAGUCGUCUGACAAAAGCUUUCGUCAACAAUUGGAUGGAAUCUUUCACCAUGAAAAGAAGCAGAAAAAACAAAAAAAUAAAAAGAAAUCAGACAAUGAAUCUUCACCUGAGCAAGAUGAUGACCAGAAAGGUGUUAGCAACCGACACCCAGAAUUUGGUAAAGAGAACACGAUGGUUCGCAUGCCUUCCUCCAAGAAGACUCAUCCUUUUAUAUCCCGUUCCAUCUCUUGUGAUGAUCAUUCUCCCACCAACAACCGGAAAAACAUUAGCCAGCAACAAAUAGAAAUCAACAACCAUGCUAACCUUCUCCGAAGGACUUGUCGGUUCCUAUCCGAUUCAUCAGCUACAUUUCACACUAGUUCGUCAGCCUCUCAACAAUCCAAGGCAUACUUUGGUGAAAGCAAUUCAAAACCUUCCAUGUUGACUACAAAACGGCUUGCCAGGAGUCAAUACAAUCUCACUCAGAAUUCAGAUUAUGUGAACCGCUCCCAAAGUUUGGGUGACCUAACUGGUGAUCUUGGCUUUGCUUUACCAAGAGGUUCUCAACAAUCCCUAAACACAUAUAAUUCUUCGACAUCGAAUAUUUCUUCAGGUUCCUCAACUAAGACCCUCACAAAUGGAUCAAGUAGAGCAACCCUACGCCAAUCAGCAUCUAGGACCGCUGGCGGUCUUUACACGCCCCGAUAUGAGAAAUCUCGACUUAACCCAGAUAGACACUCAAAAAGCUUUGAUUUGGUCACAAGCUCCCACCCACCUCAUCCGAAGAUUUCGUCCCGCCAAUUAUCGCAGCCAGAAUCAUACCAGAGUAGUUCCCAUGUUAAUCAGAAUGGAUCUCAAAUUUCUCUCCAUACAGGGCAUGUAGGACACAAAAUGUCAUGGUCUCAGCCACAUUUGCAACAACAAGAACAUUAUUUGUUGCAAGCACCCAAAAGACAGGCUGUGCAACAUGCGGCACCCAGCACCCAACACCAACAGCAGAAAACAGCUGCCAUGACAGCAUCAAAAGUCUCAAAGCCAGUUGGGGUGAAUAUUUCGAAUUCAAAUAUGGAUGCACAGCCCCAUCAACAGCAACAGACUCACUCUCGUCUAAGCAUGUCUGCGAAAAACAGCCGACCAAAACCAGUCUGCGAGAGUAAUGUUGUUGAUCAGCACCGUAAGUUUGGGAGCACGGACUGCAUUAAUAAGCUGAAACCUCGACGGAGCCUGCCUCGUGUGCCAAGCGAAAACAUCGAUGAGAAACGUCGCAAAUUUACUGAAUUAAUGAAGCAGAGAAUUCUGCUUUGCAGCACGGCCAGUUCAAACAACAGCGGUAAUGCUGAUACACCCCUUGAUUAUGAGGUCUCAUCUCUGCUUUCUCUCAGCGAGUUAGAUGCCAACGACAACAGUUCUGACAGCUUGAAAUUUAAGCCCAUUGAAAGUGCAGCCGAUGUGUGGAAGUUUCAGAGCUUACAGGACCUGACGUGUCGUGAUGAUCAACAAGAGAAAGGUACCGGUGAAUGGAAACAGAUAAUUCCUGUUAUUUGCAAUGAAAGCAACACCUGUAGUACACACAUAAACCGAAGAUCGCAUAGCAGUACGAUGGAUUCUGGUUAUAGCACUAUUGACACCGAGGUAGAACUUUAUAUGCCACCAACCAGGUUUAAGCCGGCCCUCAACCAAAAUAGAUCAGAGACUGAUAAGAAAUUAUGUAAAAGUCGGGAAUUUGGAUCUGUCGACUGUCUACGUGUGAAUACUCUUGGACGGGUAAAAGGUUACCAUUACCCAAAUUCUGGCACUGUUAAGGUGAAGCAAGUUCAGGAAUAUUCAACCCUCACAUCCGCCCAGACAGGGACCUCCCUGCGUAAUGUUAGCCGCUGGGAAACCAAAAGCCUCUCUACACAGAAUCUGCACUCAAGGUCUUCCAGGAAGGUCGAGGGUUCACUUCAGGCACAAAAGUCUUUCCAUUCAAGUAGUAAGCUAAAUAAUAAUAGUGACGAUAUACUUGGACAUGGUGGCAGUCUUUCUGCAAAAAUGAUAUCAAAUCCCAAUAAUUCAGGAAAUUCCAAUUCAAUGUCCCCAACAUCCGAACCUUUAAAUAAUGCCACCUUGCACCAACUUUUACAGCUUUACACUCUCUAUCCCACCGAAUUGGGUUCUGCCAAUCUCAAAUCAUGCCUUAAUGAUUAUAUUAUUCUUGAAAAGAAAAUUGUACAGCUGCCAGUGAUGUCAGGAGGUGGGGUCAGCAGUGGUAGUUGUGGCAACUUGAUUUCUGGUGCAGGGAACAAGAGUGUGCCCCAAGGGAAGUACACCAAACUAGGAGGUCCUGGCAGUGCAUUCCGUCCAGUACGGUCUGGGUCAGGUUUAGUUCAUAUAUGCCAAGUGUCCAUGACAGGGAUUGUGUUUAAGUCGAGCCGCCUUUCUCCCCCACCUAUUGCAUUGUCUGCUAUUGAAGAUGGAGACCUUGUAGUGGAGGUAAAUGGUAUUUUAGUUCUUGACCAGAACACACAGGCCAUUAAAAAAUUGUUCUAUUCAACUCUUGACUCAGGUUCCCUUCAACUGACAUUGGCACAUCCCAAACGGGCUCCCAUCAGCAGCGUGUCCAGUUCCUUUGACAGUUUGGCCAAUGAGGAAGUCCAGUCACUGAAAGAAGAUAUUAAACUGCUGACAAAUGAACUUGAUCGUAAAGAGAAACUUAUCAAACAGCUAAAUUCCGAAAAGCUCUCUGGUCAAACGGCCGAACACAGUCAGUCGCCAUCUCCUGAAAAAAAGAAACUGUUCAUCCCCCUCUCAAAUUGUUCAUAUCUCUCUCUCUCUCUCUCUCUUUCUUUCACUCACUCCCUCCCCAAGCCUGGUGAUAUCUCUCUCUCUCUUUCUUUCUGGGCAUGUUCAUCUCUCACUCCCACUCUCUUUCUGUUCAUAUCUUUCUUUCUCAGCCUGAUCAUUUCUCUCUCUUUCUUUCAGAACAUGUUCAUAUUUCUAUCUCUCUCUCUCUCUCUCUCUGAACAUGUUCAUCUCUCUCUCUUUUUCACCAUGUUCAUCUCUCUCUCUCUUUCUGAGCAUGUUUAUAUCUUUCUCUCUCUCUUUCUAACUGAGAAUGUUCAUAUUUUUCUUCCUUCUUUCUAUCUAGCAUAUUCAUAUUUAUCUACAAGUCUAUUCAUAUCUAUCUAUCUAUCUAUCUAUCUAUCUGUCUUAGCAUGUUCAUUAUCUAUGCUUUUUCAUAUCUAG